CUCACUGUCCCCGAACUCAUUCACUGUCCCCUCUCUCACUCACUGUCCCCUCCCUCACUGACUCCUCCUCCUUCCGCCUCCCCUGUCGAUGUCAGGAAUCAAGGUGAACCACUUGAUGGGGAGAGGUGAGUUCUCAGCACAGAACGUGGAGAGAUUCACCCUUCCCAGCCGAAGUGUACAGAGUGUGAUGAGGGAAUACCUGACUGAUGCUGGUGAAUUAACUAUCAGAAAGAUGAUCAGCCAGAAACUAGGAUAUCUGUGCCUGAAAGAGUUCUGCUCACAGCAUGUGCCACAGAUGCUGGUUCUGUUUAAUUUCUAUGACCAGAUCCGAGCAUAUGAGAAGUUGGGCAGUGACGAAGCCCGCCGUCCACUUGCUCGGGGAAUCUAUCAGAGGUUUAUCAUGCCGGAGCUUCUCUCUUUCCCAGAGGCAUUUACACAAAGUGUCAUCAGUGAGAUUCAGUAUUGUCUUCACCAGCAUCGGUAUCCCCAAAAUCUCUUUCAGCCGCUCGUUUCAGAUAUCUGCCAGGCCCUCUCUCGACAGACCUUCAACCGGUUUCUGAACAGUAAAUAUUUCACCAGAUUCUGCCAAUGGAAAAAUGUCCAACUGAGCAUCCAUCUGGGAGUCGAUGAUUUUCGGAUCGAGGCUCCAAUGCACCGACAUUCCUUCGGCAAGAACUACAAAUGUCAGAAGGUCGACACAGGCAAAAUUUACAGGAUGAAGUGUUACAGUAAGAAAUACCUGAAGCUGAAGGGUGCUGCUGGCCUUGCUCUCAAUGAGCAGAAGGUUCUGACUAUUCUCAGUGAAGAGGACUGCCCAUUCAUUGUACAAAUGACAUAUACUUUCCAAACAGAUGACAUGCUCUAUUACAUCCUGGACUACACUGCAGGUGGUGACCUGCAAACUCUGACCAAAGACAAUCAUUUGUUGGAAACAGAAGCUCGGUUUUACACCGCAGAGAUCAUUCUGGGAUUGGAGCAUAUGCACAAACACUCCAUCGUUUACAGAGACCUGAAGCCCUCAAACAUCUUGCUGAACAGGAGCGGCCAUAUUAGAAUAGCAGAUACACACCUGGCAUGUGACUUCUCUAAAACCCUUCCAACUGCCACAGUAGGUUCACAUGGAUACGUGGCUCCUGAGGUUCUGGAGGACGGCACGGCCUAUAACAGCAGUGCUGAUUGGUUCUCCCUUGGUUGUCUCCUGUACCAUCUCAUUGAAGGUCACUCUCCAUUCUACCAGAAGAAAUCUGAGGAGAACAGAAAAUAUGGACGCCGAACAGUGACUACGUCUCUUGAACUCCCACAUAACUACACACCAGAGCUUGUGUCACUACUGAACGGUUUGCUGGAUCGAGUUGUGAAUCAGAGAUUGGGUUGUUCGAGUAAAGGGGCAUUGGAAGUGAAAUCGCACCAAUUCUUCCGCAAAGUAAUCUGGCACAGUCUCUACAUGCAAGAGUACGUUCCACCACAGAUCCCUGUUCGGGAAAAGUUAGCAGAUUCCAGCCUCCCCACUGAGGACAUGGAGAGCAGACGUGUCUCGUUGGUUCGGAGCGAUGAGGAACUGUACUGGAAUUUUGCUGUGACCAUGCCAGAACGCUGGGCCUCGGAAGUUGUCGAUACAAUUUUCUGGGAUGUGAAUGAAGCAGCAGACCAAGCAGAGACUGCUGAAGCAUUAAGGCCCUCGGAUUCUGAUGGCCUGGCAGGUACGGAGAGUGAUUUGUGGAGCCUUGCAGGCUUGUUGCUAGGCCCUUAA